CCUCGCCACGCCUGUUCUGUGACGCAACUGAGCGCAGACAUAACGUGAGUCACAUGACAGGCCAACCUCUCCGGAUGAUCUGACACCCAUCUAAUAACCAUGCCAACCACUCAGCAGUCUCCCCAGGAUGAACAGGAGAAGCUUCUUGAUGAAGCUGUGCAGGCUGUUAAGGUCCAGUCGUUCCAGAUGAAGCGAUGCCUGGACAAGAACAAGCUGAUGGAUGCUCUGAAGCACGCCUCUAACAUGCUGGGGGAGCUGAGGACCUCCAUGCUUUCUCCAAAGAGCUACUAUGAGCUAUAUAUGGCCAUCUCUGACGAACUCCACUACCUAGAAGUUUAUCUGACCGAUGAGUUUGCCAAAGGGCGUAAGGUGGCAGAUCUCUAUGAGCUGGUCCAGUAUGCAGGCAACAUCAUCCCUAGACUCUACCUGCUGAUCACAGUGGGUGUAGUGUACGUUCGCUCCUUCCCCCAGUCCCGGAAGGACAUUCUGAAGGACCUGGUCGAGAUGUGUCGCGGUGUCCAGCACCCACUCAGGGGACUCUUCCUCAGAAACUACCUGUUGCAGUGCACCCGCAACAUACUGCCAGAUGAUGGAGAGCAGCCAGAGGGAACAGAGGAGAUGACCGGUGAUAUCAAUGACUCAAUCGACUUUGUCCUCCUAAACUUUGCGGAAAUGAACAAGUUAUGGGUUAGAAUGCAGCAUCAGGGUCACAGCCGAGACCGGGAGAAGAGAGAAAAGGAACGACAAGAACUUAGGAUUCUGGUGGGAACCAACCUAGUUCGCCUCAGCCAGCUGGAGGGUGUCAACGUGGAUAAAUACAAACAGAUUGUUCUUUCUGGAGUGCUUGAACAGGUUGUGAACUGCAGAGACCCGUUGGCUCAGGAGUAUCUAAUGGAGUGUAUCAUUCAGGUUUUCCCAGAUGAGUUCCACCUUCAGACCCUUAACCCUUUCCUCCGUUCCUGUGCUGAGCUCCAUCAGCAUGUCAAUGUCAAGAACAUCAUCAUUGCCCUCAUUGACAGACUCGCUCUCUUUGCUCAUCGAGAAGACGGCCCUGGCAUUCCAGCUGAGAUUAAACUGUUUGACAUCUUCUCUCAGCAAGUGGCCACUGUCAUUCAAUCUCGCCAGGACAUGCCAUCAGAGGACGUGGUCUCUCUUCAGGUCUCUCUCAUUAACUUAGCAAUGAAAUGCUACCCAGACCGUGUUGACUAUGUAGACAAAGUCCUGGAGAGUACUGUGGAUAUAUUCAACAAGCUCAACUUGGAACACAUAGCGACCAGCAGCGCGGUGUCAAAGGAGCUUACCCGACUGUUGAAGAUCCCAGUGGAUACCUACAACAACAUCCUGACUGUGCUGCAGCUCAAGCACUUCCCACCGCUCUUCGAGUACUUUGACUACGAGUCGCGCAAGAGCAUGAGCUGCUAUGUGCUGACCAACACGUUGGAGUACAACACCACCAUUCUGGCACAGGAACAGGUGGACUCCAUCUUGAACUUAGUAGCCACACUAAUACAGGACCAGCCAGACCAACCAGCUGACGAUCCUGACCCUGAGGAUUUUGCUGAGGAGCAGAGCCUCGUGGGUCGUUUCAUCCAUCUGCUUCACUCUGAAGAUCCGGAUCAGCAAUAUCUUAUUCUGAACACAGCCCGGAAACAUUUUGGGGCAGGUGGGAACCUCCGGAUUCGCUACACACUCCCUCCCCUGGUGUUCGCUGCUUACCAACUGGCCUUCAGAUACAAGGAAAACUCUUCAUUGGAUGACAAGUGGGAAAAGAAGUGUCAGAAGAUCUUCUCCUUUGCCCACCAAACCAUCAGUGCUCUCAUCAAGGCUGAGCUUGCUGAGCUGCCUCUUCGACUCUUCCUGCAGGGGGCGCUGGCUGCAGGCGAGAUCGGCUUUGAGAACCACGAGACUGUAGCUUAUGAGUUCAUGUCACAGGCCUUCUCUCUAUAUGAGGAUGAGAUCAGUGACUCUAAAGCCCAGCUGGCAGCCAUCACACUGAUCAUCGGUACCUUUGAGCGAAUGCGAUGUUUCAGCGAGGAAAACCACGAGCCGCUGAGGACUCAGUGUGCGCUGGCUGCCUCCAAGCUGCUGAAGAAGCCUGACCAGUGCCGCGCUGUCAGCAUCUGUGCUCAUCUCUUUUGGUCGGGCCGCAGCGCUGACAAAAGUGGUAAUGAGAUUCAUGAUGGCAAGCGGGUGAUGGAGUGUUUAAAGAAAGCCCUGAAGAUUGCCAACCAGUGUAUGGACCCAUCGCUGCAAGUCCAGCUCUUCAUUGAAAUCCUCAACAGAUACAUCUGCUUCUAUGAGAGGGAAAAUGAUGCGGUGACUGUGCAGGUAUUAAACCAACUUAUCCAGAAGAUCAGGGAAGAUCUUCCUAACCUGGAGGCAAGUGAGGAAACUGAGCAGAUCAACAAACACUUCAACAACACACUGGAGCAUCUUCGCCUGCAGAGAGAAUCCCCCGAGUCCGAGAGCCCUGCCUAUGAGGGCCUGGUCCUUUAAAGCCGUUGCGGGUUGGAAGGAAGUCCAUCCUUGGAUGUUUCACUAUAUUAUAAAUAUACCACCGCACACACAAUAUCCCAUCAUGUAGGCCAGAGAUUUUAAAUAAAUGUCAAGAGCUCAAAGAAUUCACCCUUUCAUUUUAUUAUUAUAAUUAUUAUUAAUGUUUAUGCAUCAGUUCUUCUUCACGGUCCCUCACUAGCGGAACUGUAUUCUGCAACAGGUUGGGGAUGUCACAUUUUAAGAAGCAUGUGCCAGCAGCACUGCACUAAGUUUCAGUGUUCACUUGUGGCAAGUCAUGUGACAUUCAUAUUUCUUAAUGAAUUCUGGCUUGGCUAAUUUGUCUUGAACCUAUAUGAUUUUAUUGUCACAUUAGACUUACUACCUGACCUAGGUGUAUCGCCUCACUUGUUCACAUAUUUCCAUAUGGAGAAGUGAAUGUAUUAGUGAGUUUAUAACGGCUAUAGAAUCUAGUAGUGGUGUUCCAGCUGUAUUGCGAGCUAGCUUCCACCCCUUAAUAAUCAUCUGUAACUGCUGUUCUUUAGGAUGGCUUUGUUGCAAGUUGUAGAGAGGUUAGGACCAACCGAACUGAAGACCAGACUAACUGAAGCAUGAGCAAACUUUGGCCCUACAGGAAACAAUGUUGUUCCCCUCAGAAAUGGGUGGCUUCUUUUGAACAGAGCGUCUUUUCAUUUGAUCUCUCAAUGCAGUUAAUGAGAAUUUAGCAUGAUCAUUAAUUACUCUGCUAUGCCAACUGGGCUGCAAAUAAAUUACAAAUUAUUAACAAAUAGAAUCUCAAGUUGUCAUAUUUAAUAAAAAAUCCAAUUUGUCUCUCCAUCCCACUAUGGGCUCUACAGUUGAUGUAUUAGUUUUAUUCUAGACUUCUCUCCCAUUCAGAACUGCAGCAUGUGUUUGCAUGGUGUUCAGUUUACUCUCUGUGGACAGACCAACUGCAAUGUGACUCAUGAUCAAUGAAAUCCUAUUGCUUGGUGACUAUUGUUUUGGAUUAAUCUGUGGUUGGGGGAGGGGGGGUGGCAGUGAUUCCUCAGGAUUGUAUGCUAGUUGAUGAGAUGCACCAAUGAUGUACAUGUUUGCUGCAGCAACUGUCAGUGUGCUGAUUUCUCUUACUUUGCUAUUAUUGUUAACAAAUUUAUUUCCCCUUUUUAAAUCUGUGUAAACCUACUUGUAAAUCAAAUAAAGAUUAAAUAGCAAUUAUCAUUGUCAUUUGCUGAAAUAAAAUGAAUAUUAACAAUA